AUGAGCUUCCAUUAUGUCGAUAAAGGUCUAGCACGGUUUCUCCAAGUACACACUGUGUUAGUGUUUGAGGAAGCAUUUGAUCCAUUGGAGCUGAAACAUUGCUUUGAGCAACUCGUCCAGAAAUGGCCCAUACUUCAGGCUAGACUGAACUUUCUGCGUACAGGGACAUUUUCUACCUCGCAAACCCACUCAUUCUUCCAGCAUCGUGUUAUCGACGCCACACUUGCGGAAACUGUCCCUGUUUAUCCAAUGAUCCACCAGAGCAUGCAGGAGGAUGAUUACAAGCGGUUGAUGGAUCUCACAUCAAUACCUUGCUCCAUCUAUACAACUUUGUUCCCUCCAGUCUGUACCCUGACUGCAGCUUGUCUUAAAGAUGCCUGCGUGUUGAAGUUCACAUUCCAACAUGCGUUUUGCGAUGGACUAGGCAUGUCUAUGAUUGGGUGGGCCUACGCAGCUCUCCUCUCUGGAAACCCUAUUGAUAUUCCUGACUUCGAUCGGCCAGUCACUCUCCAGUUCAACGCCGCCCCCAAUAAUCCAUCCAAUCCUCAUUAUUGCCAUGACCCCUCCCCUAGCACACUAAGUAAUGGCAGUAACCGCCUGUACUCUGGGGGGCUGUCACAUUUCACCCUGGGACUACUGUGGCACCGACUGGCACCUGCGUCGUGUAGCAAUACGGGGUCUUCCCGCAUGAUGCACAUUCCAGCGCUAGUAAUUGAUCAGCUUGCCGAUCAUGCUACGAAACAAGGUAUUCGCAUAAGUCGUGUGGACAUUCUCAUGGCUAUGAUUCUUCAGGCAAAUGUACGGGUAUUCCCCCAUGACUCAACAACCACUUCCUACCCGCUGGCUUUCAUGCUCAACUUCAACCACCUACUGGUCAAUCCUGCCAAAUUCCACAACAGCUUCUGGCCUGUCCCAAUUCCACGGCCGCCAGGCCUCGACCCGAGUCAAGUCAGCCACGAAUCUACGAUUAACCUAGCAGCCCACAUUCGCCGCGUGACACGAGUCGCUCAAUCAGCAGAGUGCCUCGAGGAUUUCAAUGCCCAAUAUCAGCGAAUGGGGCCCUGGCACCUCUGGCAUCCGCGAGCAGCCAGCCCAUCGCAUCCUAGGACUAUGGUCACCUCCAUGGCCCAUUCGAACCCCUACAAUCUGGCGUCUAAUUCCGGCGUGCGGCCGCUCUUUUUCGAUAAUCGCAUCGAAACCAUGGAUUUAGCACAAUAUCUUGGCAUCUACCUGCAUGGUGCCAUCAACGUUAACUUAGAUCGUAAUGGCAAGGGGUUUUGUUUGACUGGGUCUUUGCAUCCCCACCUAUGGAGAGAGUUGGAGAAGAUUCUUAUCGAGAUGCAGAAGUCGUGGACCGUCGUUCAGGCGCGUGAGGAGCACAUCUCGCAAUACUCCAAGGACCAAGGCAGUCCAGGCCACCCUCCCGCCUCCGACGCCACAAUUCGACUCAUUUGUGAGCAGACAGAUGGAAAUAUCGAAUCGCAUAUAAGGAUCUAUAAACAGAUCCCGGCCGCUGGUACUGAGGCCGAGCCAGCAGCUGUUCGCGCCAAGCAAGCCAAACCCUGUGAGCCAGAUGAAUUGAUAACGCUCCGUGCCCUUACCAGAAAGGGCUCCAGAUUCACGCCGCGCCUGCUGGACUCCAAAAACACCACCCAGGAUGACUCAGGCUUUGUCCCUGGUGGCUUCGUAGUCUAUGUAGCCUGGGAGGUAGUUGCUGGCGAACAACUGGGUACAGAGGGUGGGGACGAAGACUGUGGUUUCUGGAGGAUGGAACGAGAUAAAAGGGAGAUCGUCCGUGAGCACUUCAAAAACAACUUUCUACAGCUUUCUAAAUGGGGCUAUAUGCCACUUGGUGGCAGGUUGUCCAACCUCGUUUGGGAUGAGAGAUCGUCUACUCUCUUUUUCGUUGGCUUCUAUAUGGCGACGACUAACAUGAAGAAGAAAAAGUGGUCUCCUGCGAUGUGGUUCGCUUGGGGCCUGGCCAAGUGCCCCCGUCCCCCGGGGCCGGACUGGGAUGGGUCAACGAGUGAUUGGAAGUGGUAG